CCCUCCUCGCUUAUUCCCUCUAUUUCUCCCCAACAAAACAGAGUCUCUUCUCUCUCUCUCUUUCUCACUCUAAUUCCACCUAUCUUCUCUCUCUCUGCUUGAGAUUGUACGUACUGAGUUGACGAUUCUCUCUCUCUCUCUCUUUCUAGAGAAGGUCUGUAUCGCAUCGCACGAUUCCUCUCCAGGAAAUUACGUGUACAAUGGCGUUAGCUACGGUCGUCACCACCCCUCCGAUUGCGUUGUACGUCGGAGAUCUUUGGCCGGAAGCGAACGAAGAGCACCUGACGGAGAUUUUUAAAGAUUUCCAGAGCCUGGCCUCUGUUCGAGUCUGUAGGGACUCUCUGACUGGCCGCUCUCUCUGCUAUGGCUACAUCAACUUUCUGAACGCCAAAGAUGCACUUCACGCUAUUGCAGCGAAAAAUCACAGCUUACUGAAUGGGAAACAGAUCAGAGUUAUGUGGGCAAAUCGUGAUCCCGAUGCAAGAAAAAGUGGGAAGGGGAAUGUGUUUGUGAAGAACUUGUGUGAGUCCAUUGAUAACAUGGGCCUUCAAGACUUGUUUAAGAAUUUUGGAUACAUUUUAAGCUGUAAAGUGGCCAAGGAUGAUGGUGGAAGAAGCAGAGGAUAUGGCUUUGUUCAAUUUGAUAAUGAGGACUCUGCAGUUGCUGCUAUUCAGAGGCUAAAUGGAACCGCUGUUGGCGAUAAGGAAAUAUUUGUAACAAAGUUUCUUGGGAAGUAUGAAAGAAUGAAGACCAGUAAUGCUAAAUUUACAAAUGUGUACGUAAAAAACUUGGAUUCAUCUGUUAAUGAAGAGCUUCUGAGAGAAAAAUUCUCAGAGUUUGGAAAUAUUAAUAGCUUGGCUAUUGCAAAGAAUGAGAGUGGGAUGCCCAGAGGCUUUGGCUUUGUGAGUUACGAUAACCCUGAUGAUGCUAAACGGGCGGUAGAAGCCAUGAAUGGCUCAGAACUAGGCUCCCAGGUUCUGUAUGUUGGAAGGGCACAGAAGAUGGUGGAGCGCAAGCAAAUUCUGCGCCAUGAAUACGAGGAAAAACGCAAAGAGUUAAUCAUGAAGUACAAGAACUCUAACGUGUACGUAAAGAAUAUCGAUGAUGAUGUGACUGAGGAAGAGCUGAAAGAACACUUCAGUCAGUGCGGUACUAUAACAUCUGGAACAUUAAUGAUGGAUGACAAAGGAGUUAGUAAGGGUUUCGGAUUUGUUUGCUUCUCUACCCCUGAAGAGGCCUACAAAGCUGUUAAUACUUUCCAUGGAGUAAUGUUUCAUCGGAAACCAUUAUACGUGUCUAUUGCUCAGAGAAAGGAGGAUAGACAAGCCCAGCUACAGCUUCACCAUGUACAGCGAAUGUCAGGACUUUCUGUGCCUUCAUCUCCUGCUGCUCCCGGAGGGUAUUCUCCUUUCUACUACUCAGCUCCUGCUGGUGUCGUUCCACAAGUGCCGUCUAGGCCAGGAUUACUAUAUCCAUCUUUAGGCGUGAGACCAGAUUGGAGGUUUAAUGGUUUUGCUACCCCAACCAGACCCCCCUUCCAGCUACCAUCACAACCCCCACAGCCGCUUCCUAUGCCAAAUGCUUGUAGACAUUACAGGCCAAGUAGGGGCAGGAUGAAUGGACAUAUUCUUCCGAGUAUGUCACACUUGCAGCAACAGCCAAUGAUGUAUCCAAAAGAUUUAACCAAUCAGCAGCGUAACGGGCAAACUAAAUAUUUGCCAAAUGGGCGUCUACGAGAGAUCAACAGAGGAUCAUCUGGAUUCUCAUCUCAUCAUCAUCAUCAAGGGCUAGAAACACUGAGCAGCAUGCUCUCUGCUGCAUCUCCUCAGAAUCAGAAGCGUAUGCUUGGAGAUCGUCUCUUUCCUCUGGUCAGCAAAUAUCAGCCCGAGCUGGCAUCGAAAAUCACUGGAAUGCUUCUGGACAUGGACAACGCAGAGCUGCUGCUAUUGUUGGAGUCACCAGACUCAUUGCUUACCAAAGUGAACGAAGCUGUGGAGGUUCUUAAUAGGGUGUCUAACUCCAACUCUAACAAGACCCAAGAUGCCCUCCGUCCCAUUAACUUGUCCGCUGAGGUUGCAGUGAAUUGAUAGCCUUGGCGCUUUCUUUGAUCAUAUCAUCUUUUGAUCUUUUACUCAACUGACUCAACCAUAGCUUUCUAUGUCUAUGGAAGCUAUUCUUUUUUCUCUUCUUUUUUUUUUUAGCGGCAGAGACGUAAUCUUCUAAUGUAGAAGAGCUUUUAGUUAAACACUAGAACUGAGAAUUACUUUUAGUUAAGCAUUGGAAGAACUAAGAGAACUAAAAAGUAUUUUGAACAAUUCUUUCUCUUUUUUUCCCCUUUUCUAAACUUUGUUUCCCCCAAAUCUAGUUAUCUAGAAAUAUCAUUCUUUUAAUUAUAAUCUUGUGGUGACUUGAAAAUGAUUAAAA